AGAGACCGUCACGUGACAGGAACCUUGGUUUUGUAAACAUUAGAGAAGGGCAGUUUCUGAGUGCGUCCCACCCACUUGUACUGUAGUUACACAACCUGUGAUAUAACCGCUUGUUUUCUUUUCACUCCGCCGAGUUCAGCGGUUUUACUGCCACCCCAAGAAACAGUGUGGUGAUUGUUGGUGUGGAAGUUGAGAAGAUGCUGAGAGCUAUGGGGAAAAUGGUGUUUGGGGGGUUUGAGAAUCCAAAGUUUACCCCUCAAGAAAGCAAGGGGGAUGACUAUGAGGUACGGACCUAUCACACUACACAGUGGAUGAGCACUACAGUAAGUGGCAUGGAGCAGGAUGAAGCCUUGAGCACUGGAUUUAGGAGACUUUUCAAAUACAUCCAGGGGAAUAAUGAGAAGCAGGUGACCGUGGACAUGACUGCCCCGGUGACCAGUCUCAUUAACCCUGGAGAACAACCAUCUUGUGAGAGCUCCGUCACUGUGUCCUUUUACCUCCCUGAGGCGCACCAGGCUGAGCCGCCCAAUCCCAGCAUCCCUGAAAUCUUUGUUGAGACCAGGAAGGAGUUCACUGUGUUCGUCAGGACAUUUGGAGGCUUCGCGAACAGUCAGAAUACCCAUGAUGAGCUGCUAAAGCUGAUUGAGAGCUUGAAGAGGGAUGGAAUGAGUUUUAAAGAGGCUCCCUACUACCGCGUAGGCUACGACAGUCCCUUCAAGCUUGUAAACCGCAAGAACGAGGUCUGGCUCAUACGGGAGGAGGGAAAGAAGUGAGUCAGUGUGAGGCAGAGUGCAUAGAAAUAAUAAAAAAAAAAAAACGUCAAAUUAUGGUCAAAUGUAAUUAUUCCAAAAUCUAAUUUUAAACUGAAAAUGUUACUAAUGAGACUGUGUUGAUUUCAAUAUUGAUGAAUUAAUUAAGUGGCUUCUGCUCCCCAGACUCACUUCACUUUAGUUUGAAUUUCAUAACUUAAUUUCUUAAAUUCCUUACAUAAUGUUUUGUAUUCACUAGUGCAGUGUCUGUCUACGUUCUUCUUUUUUUAUUGUGUCUGUGCUUUUGGUGUGCCUUGGAAUUAAAUAUUUGUUUUUUGCCAGAGGUAAAACCAAAAAAGUUUGUAAAAAUGCAGUGGAUUCAUUAACGUUGUUACAUUUGUGAUUUGAUAUUUUUUUCUUCACUACCUCCCCAGCCUGGAGUCGAUGGGGAAAACUUGUCUGGGUGUCUGUCACUACUGAAUGAAUAGAACGAUAUUGAUCCUGUGAGGAAAGUUGUUAAAUGUAUACGGGGUGAAUAGCACUUUUCUUCAAGUGUGUAACACUGUACUGUAGUGUAGCAUAAGCAGCAGUUUGAACAGGUGUGUUUGGUGAGAUUUACCAUCUCAGGUGAAGCAGGUGUUGGGCUUCACCUUCCCUGGUUGGUAGCUGUUGUGGAGCUGGUUGCUGGCUGGGACUUGGCAGUUUUGACCAAAGUGGGGUAUCAUUGGUUAUCAGGCAUGAUGUCAACAUUGUUUUCACAUGAGACAGUCAUUGUUUCUGCACUAGAGGCUGAAAACAUUGAAUAUUUCUGAUUUAAAUGUAAAUUUAUGGCAUUUGCCGGACGCGCUCAUCCAGAUCGACUUUUGAUCUGAUUCAAACAACUAGGCAGCAAUGAGGUUAAGGGGCUUGCUCAGGGGCCCAGGAGUGGCAGCUUAUGACUUACAGAUCCAAAGUCCAAUGCCUUAACCAUUAAGGGGUUAAAUUAGACUACAGAACCCACAGCACAGGAGCAUCUCUGAGGGGAAACUAUUCCCAAACAGUUUAAGAUCAAGAGAAAGUGUGCGAUCUACAGCGUGAUUAUCACCAGAUGACCUGAUUUAGCCUCUGUGGUGAGGCUUCGCUUCUCAAUAACCAAUUCUAGAUCAGUUUAAUGUGAACACCAACACAUUCCUGUUGCCUUUAAAUACUACAAGAUUACACUUUGACAUUCCAAAGAUUUACAAGUGAAAUUCUUUAAAUGUAUUAAUGAACUACAUGUAAGAUUUUACAACUAUUGCUAGAAUAAUGAAGGACUGAAUUGUAUCCUUGACUCUUUCUGUAAUAAAUCGAUCUUUAUAUACAUCUCUAAA